AAGAGCCUGCGUGCCAAACAGAGCCCAAAAUCACGUUUGAUUACAGAGCUCGACUCGAGCGCCGCAGAAGGAGGCAGGCAGGGUUUUUCCAACUUUCUGUGCGAGUGUUUUUGUAUGUAGAAGGAAGGAAGGAAGGAAGGAAGUGUCUUAUCUUCUUCGUUAUUCUGUCUCUCUCUGUUUCUUCGUUCAGAUUUCCAACAAGAGUAGAGUAGAGUAGAGUAGAUUCGAGCAUCUCGCAGACCCCAACAAUGGCUUCCAUUCUAUCAAAGAAGAAGAAGAAGAAUAACAAGAGAGAGAAAUACAGUAUUUCAGAGCUGAAAACCCUAGGCCACCAGCUUCUGUCUUCCAGGGCUCACAUCAACAACCUACCUCUCCUCAUGAGCUUCGUCUGCUCCGGUACCUCUCCGCCGCACUACGCCCUCGAAGCUCUUCUCUCCGUUCAGUCUUUCUUCACUCCUAUCCUCCCCGACCUUCCUUCCCACCCCCAAGGCGACCCCCAAGAUCCCGAAUUCAUCUACCGCACUUGGCUCCGAUCCAAGUUCGAUGAUUUUGUCAAUUCCCUCAUCGAUAUUGCCGUAUCUCCCCAAUCCAAAGAAGCUCUCAGGGAACUUGUGUUGGAUACGAUAAUGGAGUUCGUCAAGGUUGGGAAUGGGGGAAGGUUUCACUCCUGUAUAUACCACAGGUUUAUUUACAGCAUUCUUCAUUCAACUGUGGGAAUUGAAAUUUUCUUAGAUUUACUUGUGUCAAAGUACUUCAACUACAUUGACAUCCGUUGUUUUACUUACAUCACUGUAGAAAAGUUGGCUCGAACUCUGGAGGCGAAAGACAUUUCUGACAAUAAAAUUGUGAGUGUAGACGGCCACAACAAAAGUCAUUCAAGAACAAGUGUAGAGCUCCCUAUUCACAAGAUAUAUCGUAUCUUAUCACACAUCCCCCCUUUAGAAGGCACGGAUGAGAAAGCUGAACAUGAGAUGUGGAAUGGAUCAGGAGUCUUUGUUAAAGAACGUGAUCGCAAAGAGCAUUCUCAACAUCCAAAAGCAGAUGAUAAACAGAACAAGGUAUUGUCUGCAGUUAAUAUUGCUAAAAAGAUGAAAUUGAAGUUUACUAAAGCUUGGAUAUCAUUUCUUAGGUUACCACUCCCGGUUGAUUUGUACAAGGAGGUUCUUGUUACUCUUCAUCAGGCAGUCAUCCCUUAUUUGUCGAACCCAAUCAUGUUAUGUGAUUUUCUGACAAGAUCAUAUGACAUUGGAGGUGUUAUCAGUGUCAUGGCUCUUAGCAGCUUGUACAUUCUUAUGACACAGCAUGGCCUUGAGUAUCCUGACUUCUAUGAGAAGCUUUAUGCACUAUUGGUACCCUCUAUCUUUAUGGCAAAGCAUCGGGCAAAAUUUUUUGAGCUUCUUGAUUCAUGCCUAAAAUCACCACUUCUUCCGGCAUAUUUAGCUGCUGCUUUUGCUAAGAAAUUGAGCAGACUGUCACUUUCAGUUCCUCCGUCAGGAGCGUUGGUCGUUAUUGCUUUGAUUCACAACCUUUUACGGAGACAUCCUUCAAUCAACUGUUUGGUUCAUCGGGAGAAUGGUGAUGGAACUUCUAGGGAUGAUUCUAGAGUGGAGGAUGGUGAAACUGAGGACUCCUGUACCAAACCAGAAAUAUCUACAAAACCAGAAAUAUCUAGUAAAAAAUCAGGGAUUGAUCAUUUCAACAAUGAGGAAAGUAAUCCUGUAAAAACUGAUGCAAUGAGAAGUUCUCUUUGGGAGAUUGAUACCCUCCGUCACCACUACUGCCCACCUGUAUCAAGAUUUGUUUUGUCCCUUGAGAAUGAUUUGACAGUAAGAAGCAAAACGACUGAAGUUGCGGUUAAAGAUUUCAGUUCUGGUUCAUAUGCAACAAUAUUUAGAGCAGAGAUUGGACGAAGGGUAAAACAGGUUCCACUUGCAUUCUACAAGGCAACUCCCAGCUCUUUGUUCUCGGAGUCUGAUUUUGCUGGUUGGACUUUCAAAUGUAAAGAAAAUGGCGAGUUAUUUACUAGUGGUGUUGAUAACAAAAACAUAGACAUAUCUGAAGAUCACGAUCAUGGUUCUGCAAAGCGCCAGCGAAUUGAGUGCUCGUGAAGCAAGUGGCGUCUUUAUUGUUAUAAAGUUUUGACUUAUUGACAAUGUCUAUUUUGUAGCUUAUAUGCUUGGAAGGCGUUUACUUGGUUCUUGUUCCAUUUUUCAUAUUUCUCUACAAUGCCUUUUCUUUUCUUUUCUUUUCUUUUCAUUUUUAAUAGAUGUUAAUGUAAUUGGAGUUGCAAAUAUUUCACUUAUCAAUGGAUCCAUUCUUGUGGGGAUUUUUGUCAAA